AUGGAUCGAUCGCGGUACUACUACUCGGCGGCGCCGGUGGGCACGGGCAUGGGCCCGCUCGCCGGGCAGCUGGGCGAGUGGCUGUGCCGGGCCGUGCAGCCGCCCGCGCCGACGCCCUGCGGCUCUCCCGGCGGCCCGCCCGUCACGGCGCAGCGGGUCCGGCUCAGGGACGGGCGCCACCUGGCGUACGAGGAGUCCGGCGUCCCCAGGGAGACCGCGCGCUUCAAGGUCGUCUUCUCCCACGGCUUCACCGGCUCCCGCCUCGACAGCCUCCGCGCCUCGCCGGCGGUCGCCGAGGAGCUUGGCGUGUACAUGGUGGGCUUCGACCGGGCGGGGUACGGCGAGAGCGACCCGAACCCGGCGCGGUCCGUGGAGAGCGCGGCGCUGGACAUUGCGGACCUCGCCGACGCGCUGGGGCUCGGCGACAAGUUCUACGUCGUCGGCUUCUCCCUCGGCUGCCACGCCGUGUGGGGCGCGCUCAGGUACAUCCCGGACCGGAUCGCCGGGGCCGCCAUGCUGGCGCCGGUGGUGAACUACUGGUGGCCCGGGUUCCCCGCGGAGCUGGCGGCGCGGGAGUACGGCCGGCAGCAGCGCGGCGACCAGUGGGCGCUGCGCGUGGCGCACCACGCCCCCGGCGUCCUCCACUGGUGGAUGGAGCAGACCUGGCUGCCCCUGCCCACCUCCACCGUCGUCGCCAACACCACCUACCUCCCCAACAAGCGCGACGCCGAGAUCCGCCGCACACUCACCGCCGACGGCACCCUCCGGAACAAGAGGGAGAUGGCCACGCAGCAGGGGAUCCAGGAGUCGUACUACAGGGAUAUGGCGGUCAUGUUCGGCAAGUGGGAGUUCGACCCGAUGGCGCUGCCGGAGCCGGCCAAGGGCUGCCCGGUGCACCUGUGGCAGGGUGACGAGGACGGCCUCGUGCCGGUCGCGCUGCAGCGGCACGUCGCUGGGAGCCUCGGGUGGGUUAACUACCACGAGCUCCCCGGCACCGGCCACUUCCUUUCCGCUGUUCCCGGACUAGGAGACACCGUUCUCCGGACACUCUUCGGUUGAUCGCCAAUACUCCUAGGAGAACUAGAGAAGAAUAGCUGGUUUAUUAGCUAGCUUGGCGUACCAUGAGGACUUGCAAAAUACUCCUACUACAGUGCAGUAUGUUCAUUUCUUGGUUAAGUUAUACGUGGGGCAUGAGGCAGCAUGUAGAUUUUCUAUUUCUUUUUCUUUCUUUAA